AUGGAAAGUCACCAAGCCGAACAUGACAAGAACGGAUUGGUGGCUGAAACGUUCUGGAGGACUCCACAGAGAGCUGUCCCAGGCAGACCUUGUCAGAGGAUUCAACAAAACAAGGUUAUGUCUGGUUCAUCAUAUCAGCAGUUCCAGGCAUCGGUGAACGAUGCCUGGGACCUCGGCGACGACGACAUCAUCUCUGGCAUAGCAGAGACUAAGAUAUCUAAAGCCAUAUCCCAAACAGCCGCUAUAAAUGUUAUAAAUUCCCAUCGGAAAAGUACUAAGAACGUAAACAAUGACGUCAAAGUUAAUGAGGGGGUAAAGCCGAGAGAGGAAGUUGUAGCUGUUAGGAAAAAUGAAAUUCGUAAAAUCGGUGGCGUCCCAAGUGGUAGUUCAGGGUUACGUCAUUACCCUGGACGUCCACGGCCAGUGAAACUGUCGGCGUUGACUUCAAGAGAAGAAAGUAGUGAAUCUAAACUGGAAAGAUUUCAACAAGUUCUAGAGAGUGCUGUGUUGGAUUUGAAUGAGCUGAAACAGCUCAGUUGGUCUGGAAUUCCAACAAAGGCCAGAGCGGUAACAUGGCGCUUGCUGGCCGGCUAUCUACCAGCCAACGCUGAGCGCCGUGCAGAAACCUUGGAACGUAAGAGGGCUGACUACAAGCACCUCGUUAGGCAGUACUAUGACGCUGACAGGGAGGAAGACACCUACAGACAGAUACAUAUAGACAUACCAAGGAUGAGCCCCCUAGUGGCUCUGUUCCAACAGAUAACAGUACAAGUGAUGUUCGAGCGCAUCCUGUACAUCUGGGCAAUCCGGCAUCCAGCAUCAGGGUAUGUGCAAGGCAUCAAUGACUUGGUGACUCCGUUCUUUAUGGUAUUCCUGCAAGAAGCCGCUCCUGGGAAGGAGCUGGACAAUUUCCCUCUGGACUCUCUGACCGAAGAACAACGUGACAUCAUUGAAGCUGACUCCUUUUGGUGCCUGUCCAAGUUUCUCGACAGUAUACAGGAUAAUUACAUCUUUGCUCAACUUGGGAUCCAGUACAAGGUGAAUCAACUCAAGGAGCUGAUCCGCCGCAUCGACCUGCAACUACACGAACAUCUACAAAGACAUGGCGUAGAUUACCUACAAUUUUCCUUCCGCUGGAUGAACAAUCUUCUGACACGUGAAAUACCUUUGCCUUGCACCAUUCGACUAUGGGACACCUAUUUGGCUGAAUCAGAUGGAUUUGCGACAUUUCAGCUUUAUGUCUGCGCCGCCUUUCUACUGCAUUGGAGGGAACGACUGAUGUUGGAAAAAGACUUCCAAGGACUCAUGAUCCUAUUGCAAAAUGUUCCGACCCAGAACUGGUCGGAUUCCAAUAUAAGUUUAUUGGUAGCUGAAGCCUACAGGCUCAAGUUCGCGUUCGCCGACGCACCCAACCACUUGCACAACGCCGGCAAAUCCGAUAGAUGA